AUGUCAGGAGCAGAUCUCAAGAAACGGCACGUGCCAAAAGUCGAGAUGAGCAGCACGACCGACCGCCCAAGCCCUGCGAAGCCCAACGCCCAGACUGUCACUUGGCGAGAGAUCUCCGAGUGGCAGUUUGAUAACAAAUUCAUCCUCAGUGGCUAUCGACCAGAGAAGGCAGACUAUAAUGAGGUCUUCAGGAGCCUGACCUUCAUGCACAACGAGACUUGCAACGUCUACACUCACAUGGUCCCGGCUCUCCUUCUGCCUUUUGCCGUACCGAUUUUCCUCCGUGGCCUAGCCGGACCUCAAGUCCUCGAUGUUACGACCAUGGACUAUGCUAUGUUCGGGGUCUUCUUCUUUUGUGCGGAGAUCUGCCUGGUGUUGAGCACACUGUACCACCUGAUGCAACCGCACUCCCAUCGUGUAGAGCUGUUCUGGCAUGGCAUGGAUCUGCUCGGUAUUGUUAUUGUGACAGUGGGCACAUUCUUCUCCGGCAUCUACUAUGUGUUCUUUUGUGAAGGGAGCUUGCAAAAGCUGCACUGGGCCACUAUCUUGACCACAGGCACUAUCACUGGCGUCCUGAUCUCGCAUCCUUUGCUCAAGGCCCCGCGCUGGCGAAACGUGAAGGCGGCUGCCUUUGUUGUUUUCGGCUCCUCAGCCUUCAUACCCCUAGUGCAUGGUGUUCGGCGGUAUGGAUUCGACUUCAUGCUUCACUAUGCGGGAAUGAAGUGGUAUCUUCUCGAGCUCACUUUCUAUGGCACCGGAGUCCUCUUGUACGGGUUCCGAAUUCCCGAGCGUCUAGCACCAGGCAAGUUCGAUAUCUGGGGAAGCUCGCACCAGUUCUUUCAUAUCGCAAUUUUAUGUGCGAUGUACACACAUGUGGUUGCUCUGCUUCAAGGAUUCGAGACUGCUCACACAUUGGAUGUAUGUCAACUACAAGGUGUUGCCAAAUAG